CAGUAGCAAGUCUAGUUGCUAAAAGCCACAAUAUCAAGCAUGCGUUUCCUGGUAGUCUUGGCCUGCCUGGUGGCCGUUUGUGCCGCCGGCACUCUGCCCAACAAGGUGGAGCAGCGUCUUUUGGAGCUGGCGGAUGAGAAUGGUGACAUCGAUCUGUUCGAGGAGCCCCAAGAGGGAGUUGAAGUUGCCCCCCAGUUCAUUGUGUCCUGGCAGGCGCGUCGCUUCAUCCGCAAACUCCAGAAAAAUAUGGAGUGCGGAUGGCCGCAGUACGGCAUCCCAGUGCUGGCCCCUCUGCGCAUCGAGGAAAUCGAUCUGGACUUCAAGAAGGGCAUCUUCGAGACCGUUAACAAUGUGUUCCACCUGAAGGUCGCCGGUCUGGAUGACUUCAAGAUCCAGAAGUUCAAGCUGAACGUGAUCACCAGCAAGGUGACCUUUGAUUUCCUGUUCAAGAACAUCGAUACCACCGCCCAGAAGUACAGCACCGAUACCCUGAUCGAUGCCCUGCGUCAGUUGGGUCUUUCCGUGGAGUACGAGGGCAACGGCGAGCUGUUGUUCGACCUGGUCAACCUGCGCAUUGCCGGCACCCUCAAGUACAAGCUGCCCAUGCUGUGGGGCUCCGCCAAGAUCACCUCCCUGAAGACCACCAUCUCGCUGGAGUCCGUACAGUCGGACAUCACCGGAUUCAUGGGCAACGGCAAGGUUAACCGUGCCAUCAACAGCCAGCUGGAGAACAUCGUGGUGAAGGCGAUUAAUGGCAACCAGGCUGCCAUUUCCGAGACCAUCGAGAAUGCUAUCGUGCCGCGAGUCAACAAAAUGCUCAAGGGCAAGGACUUCUGGACUGUCGUCGAUCUGAUCCUGUCCAGCAGCGAUGGUGAGAGCGAGGACGAUCCGAUUGUCGCCGAUUGCGAUCCCUCUGCCGAUCCCUGGGCCUAAGUGCAGACUCAGAGACGGUCGUGAAUAAAUACUUGUCGAUAUAUUCAA